UUUCCUGGCCAAUGGCUGUAUCCACCAACAAACACGUUUGGUCUGACGUCAGAUCUUUUCAAUCCUGAGCGCGAUCAUGGCGACGCUAACUUUCAUCUCACGGCUCGUGUCAUUUCGGAGACGUCACGUUACUGCCAAAUUACUCGAAGUACCUCGCGCCAAGCGAUAUAACUUGAUGUCUGGAAAAACUGUUGUGGCUUGCAUUUGUACUGAACAAAAAUAUGCAUACGAUUUGGUUGUGAUCGGUGGUGGAUCCGGUGGUCUUGCAGCAGCUAAGGAAGCUGUCCAACUUGGGGCAAAGGUUGCUGUUUUAGAUUACGUCACUCCUUCCCCAAGAGGAACAAAAUGGGGUCUUGGAGGCACUUGUGUUAACGUAGGAUGUAUUCCAAAAAAAUUAAUGCACCAAGCUGCAUUACUCGGAGAAGCUGUGCAUGAAGCUACAUUUUAUGGAUGGCAACUUCCGGAUCCAAAAUCUAUUGAAAAUGACUGGGUGGCGCUAAAAUCAGCUGUGCAAAAUCAUGUUAAAUCCGUAAACUGGGUUACACGUGUAGAACUCAGAACUAAGAAAGUUGAGUACUUGAACAUCCUUGGCUAUUUCAAGGAUCCUCAUACUGUGGCUGGAAUCUUGAAUGGAGAAGAAAAGACCCUUACUGCUGAAAACAUUCUUAUUGCUGUUGGAGGCAGACCUAACUACCCUGAUAUUCCCGGAGCCUUGGAAUAUGGAAUUACCAGUGAUGAUAUUUUCAGUUUGGACCAUGCCCCUGGCAAAACUUUAGUUGUUGGUGCUGGAUAUAUUGGUCUUGAAUGUGCUGGUUUCUUAAAUGGCUUGGGCUACGAUGCCACCAUUAUGGUUCGUUCUAUCGUCUUGAGGGGAUUCGACCAGCAGAUGGCAAAUCUCGUGGCCAAGGAAAUGGAAGAACGUGGAGUACAUUUUAUUUAUCAAGCUAAGCCUAAAGCCAUCGAAAAACAGGAUGAUGGUCGUCUUCUUGUUCACUGGGUCGAUAAAGAUGGACAGAUUCAUCAGGAUUCGUACAACACUGUGCUCUUCGCCAUAGGGAGACGAGCUUUGACUCAGGAUUUGAAAGUUGAGAAUGCUGGUAUUAAGUUAGUACCCGAAAACGAUAAGAUUGAUGCCGUCAAUGAGCAAACAAACGUGCCUAACAUCUACGCCGUGGGAGAUGUUCUCCACAAAAAACCAGAGCUCACGCCGGUAGCCAUUCACGCUGGAAAAUUAUUAGCCAAAAGGCUGUUCGGCAACUCCACGGAAACGAUGGACUACGCCAACGUGGCCACAACAGUAUUCAGUCCUCUGGAGUACGGCUGCGUCGGCUUCAGCGAAGAGCAUGCUAUAGCUAUCCAUGGAGACGACAACAUUGAGGUCUAUCAUGCUUACUACAAGCCCACGGAAUUCUUUAUUCCUCAGAAGAGUCCUCUCAAUUGCUACUUGAAGGUCGUUGCCCUUAGAGGUGGUGAUCAGAAGGUUCUUGGAAUGCACUUCAUAGGUCCCAACGCUGGUGAAGUCAUCCAAGGUUUUGCUGCCGCCAUGAAGUGCAAUUUGACAUUCCCCGCCUUGAAGUCGACCGUUGGAAUUCACCCAACGACCGCCGAGGAAUUCACCAGGGUAAUCAUAACCAAGCGUUCCGGCUUGGACCCGUCACCCGCAAGCUGCUGCAGCUAAUGUGGCUACAUACGAAUCGCUGUGACUCGAAAGGUAGUCAACGGUACUUACGAUCUUCGAAUUUUAACCUGGUUAUCAAAACUAAGUCUCAGUGCAGCUACUGGACUACAAUUCGCAAGAACAUGGUGCGUCUUCGCCAUGCUGUGUCCAAAAGCUAGAAAUGACAGUCACUUAGAGAAUUUUCUCACGGGUUGAUCCGCCGUCGACAAAACCGAAUAUUAGAAAAGAAUUUGAAACAAAGCAAAAGACAAAGCAGUAGGUUAUUCGCCUUAAUGAUAUUGGCUUGCAUAAGUUUUAGGAAGAUUAUCAAGGGAACGCUAUCUUUUUUAAGAGGUAGUUGCAAAUUUUUUUAAAUAAUUUUUUUUUUUCGUAUUCAUUGAAUCCAGGAAGCACGGUCGGUUUGAUGUUAAGGACGCGAUCUUUGACUGUCAGUAUUUGCGGGGCAACGAAACAAUUCAAUUCCUCGCGAAGAAGCGGUGAUCAAUGACGCUGAGUCGUUGUCCUUUGCGGUGAUUUUUAUGCGGACUAUUGUAGAGCUUAUAUUCCCAAUUUACUCCAAACAAUCUACAACCCUCGGUUGAUGCAUUGUUUAUUACGUUUCAUAUAUAUUUUUUGCUGAGCUGUUAUGUCAUCACAGGAAUAAAUCACAGCUGACACAAAAUAUCA